AUGAAUAAAGAAAUUGCAGAAUAUGAUUUGCAAGCAAGCUCAAGUGUAGAUGCCACAAAAAAGAAAUUAAAUGAGGAUAAAAACCUUUUUUAUAAAGUAAAGCCAUUUGCAGUGGGUGGAGUGAGUGGUAUGUUUGCCACGUUUUGUGUACAACCACUUGAUAUGAUAAAGGUAAGAAUUCAGUUAAAUGCUGAGGGAACAAAUGCAAUAAAGAAUCCAAUUAUAAUUGCCAAAAAUAUAAUAAAAGAUGAAGGAGUGUUAUCAUUAUAUAAAGGAUUAGAUGCUGGGUUAACACGGCAAAUCGUUUAUACAACUGGUAGGUUAGGUCUCUUUCGUACUUUUUCAGAUAUGGUAAAAAAAGAAGGAGAACCUUUACCAUUUUAUAAAAAAUGUUUUUGUGCUUUAGCAGCUGGUGGAUUAGGUGCUUUUUUAGGAAAUCCUGCAGAUUUGUCUUUAAUAAGAUUACAAGCAGAUAAUACUUUACCAAAAGAAUUAAAAAGAAAUUAUAGUGGGGUGUUUAAUGCGCUUUAUAGAAUAGCAAAAGAGGAAGGAAUUUUCGCCUUAUGGAAAGGAUCUGUACCUACCAUUGCUAGAGCUAUGUCGUUAAACUUAGGUAUGUUAUCAACAUAUGAUCAGUCUAAAGAAUAUUUAGAAAAAUAUGUUGGUGUAGGUAUGAAAACGAAUUUAAUAGCUAGUGUGAUUAGUGGUUUUUUUGCUGUAACCAUGAGUUUACCAUUUGAUUUUGUUAAGACUUGUAUGCAGAAAAUGAAAGUGGAUCCAGUUACAAAAAAAAUGCCGUACAAAAAUUUUUUUGACUGUUCUUACCAAUUGUACAAGAAAGGUGGUAUAGCUAUUUUUUACUCGAGUUAUUCCACCUACUAUGUUCGUAUCGCCCCCCACGCGAUGAUUACACUCAUGACCAUGGACUACUUAAAUAACCUGUUGAAGAAGUUCUGCUAG